CAGUACCUGAACAGCAUCGUGAAUAGGGCGGAAUUAAAAGUUAACGCUGUCACGUGCAGGUAGAAGGACUGUACCAUUCCCUGUAUUAAGUAGACGUCUACACUUUUAAUAUAAUUUAGAAUCAAUUCCACAAUCAGCAUCCAUGGCAUAACAUUAAUAAAGCUUACAGUCAAUCUCCAUAUCGUCCGUUAAGAGUGAGUUUCCAGUGGAUUUAAAUGACCUGUUGUUGUGUGCAGGUAGGAUGGGAUAGGUUCGCACAUAUGACCACACCCCCUUUUUCUCAUGGGGGGCUCUCAGCUCGACCUCUACAAAUACUCCCUCAAACCAUCCUUCCUCCUGCGAGCUCCAGACCUGCAGCCUCCUCGAGACAUUUUUUUUAGAAGCAACAGCAUGAACCCAAGUGUUUGGAGCAGAGUCACGUAUCCUUCCAGCAGCUUUUGCGUGGACGGCUUCCCCGCGCGUCACGUCUCCUCUUUCCAACUGGACACCGUGCGCCUCAAUUCCGAGGUCUCCGGUCUCUCGGAGUCCUCACACAAAGACAGCGAGGACAUACGAAUGCCACCGCAGGGUGCUCUUGUUACAGACGACACCGCUGGACAUUUACCCGCGAGAAAGCGCGCGCACCACGAGUGGAACUCCAACGGUGGCCGUCGAGCAAAGCGCGCCCGAGUGGAAAACAUCAUCAAGGGCAUGAGCGGCUCUCCGGGUGCGCGCUGCGCAGGCGACGCGACGAGUCGGCACCGGGAGCCAGACGGCGUGCGGGAAAACGAGAGGAUUGGACCUGGCGGUGAGAUGACAUGCGAGCAGCCGGAGCAUCAGCAUCAGCACCUCAGACAGCUCAGAACCGGGCUGAGCCGCGUGGGUGCGCGCCCCACCCGGAGGAACCACUCUCCCGAGUCCUCUCCGACGGUCACAGAUUGGCCCGGCGAGUUCCAGGGCAGCUCGGGUCAAACGCAUCAAGGGCGGAAGAAGGUGAAGCUGAUGGACUACUUCCAGUCGAAGCCCGACAGGAUAAAACUGAUGGCGGACUUGUUGAAGUACGAACUGGGCCGAGCGGUCAGCAGGAGCGUGGACUCGAUUUUUAAAAGCGCGCCAGUUCCGCGGACCUCUCCGGACGACGAGGAGGGAGUCGAGACCGACGCGUCCCUUCGGCCACCGGUCGGUGAACAUGAGAUGCCGGAUGUGCAAACCGAAGCCCUGUCUCUGGUCGUGCAAAAGCUCCCGCGUGGCCCCGAGCCGCCGGUCCCCAUCGGCGGCUCGGCUCUGCGUAAAGUUGGCACCCGGCGCGCCCUCGGGUGCGCGUGGGAGGAACGCACCGAAGGGCCUCGGGCAAAGUGCGAGACGUUCGACGCGCGUUGGAGGUCGGUCAAAGUGAGGUCGAAGGUCAACUCCAGAUCCGUCAGAAGCCCCGAGAGGCGCGCUGGGUCGACGGGUGACGUGCUGUUGGAAAGCCCGAAAGCUCACGUCAAAAGUGAGCCCGAUGGCCUGAGGAACAACCUGUACGUGCUCAAUGAAGGUCUGACCACGAACCAUCUGAAGAAAGCAAAGCACAUGUUCUUCUACACCCGCUACCCGAGCUCACUGGUACUGAAGAUGUGUUUCUACGAUGUGCAGUUCACGCGCUGCAUCACCUCUCAGCUCAUCAAGUGGUUCAGCAACUUCCGCGAGUUCUACUACAUCCAGAUGGAGAAGUUCGCCCGGCACGCUGUGGCCGACGUGAGGAGUCUGACUGUGGGGAGAGAAUCAGAACUGUUCAGAGCUCUCAACGUGCACUACAACAAAGCCAACGACUUCCAGGUCCCUGACAGGUUCUUGGAGGUUGCAGAGAUCACAUUGAGGGAAUUUUACGUCGCCAUUUCGAUGGGAAAAGAUCGUGAUCCUUCUUGGAAGAAACCGAUCUACAAAGUGAUCUGUAAACUGGACAGCGACGUAGCCGCCGAAUUCAAAAGUCACCCCUCAGGAUGAGCACCAACCAAGACGCCAUCGCGGUUACCGUCGCAGUGACGACUUACUCGCGCUCUGAAGAGCAAACGCUUUGGUUUCUAACGAAGCCCAGGACAUUUGGGAAGAUCCAAUCUACACACACGGCAGACUGAUGUCUGAGUUUAUUGUACAAGCUGCUGCAGCAGGAAGUCGCUUGACAGCAUUUUUAUUUUGCUUAAAUCAACCAUAUUAUACAGCAGUAGCAGUUUGUAUCGUACCGAAUGUGAAACUAUUUAAUUUGAGAUUAUCUUCAACACAGCAACAUAUUUUCAGUUUUUUUUUUGAGAAGCAAGUUACUUUAUCAAGCAGAAGAAAAAAAAGUCAACACACCAGGAGAAGAAAAAUGAUUUAAUAUUUAACAUGUGUAUGUACAGGAUAAAAUGUAAAUGAUUUCUCAUCCGCUGCUUGCAAACGGCCUCAGUUCCAUACUCACCACGUAGAUCCGUCCCUCCGCUUUCUAAAGGGCUCGGCUGUUCAAACAUGGUCUUCUUCAGUGGAUCCGCGAGCUCGCUGACAAUUUAGGAUCCCUGUCUUCAGAAACUUCCGCAACCGGGUUUGUGAUCCGUUAUGAAAAUUCUCAUGGGAGUGAAAUUCUGGAGGAUUCGCUUCAAAAGUGCAAAGCGCAAAUGUAAAAUGUGGCAUAAAAAAUGGACACAUCUGAACUGGAUUUGUUUUUUUUUUCUGUGAAUAUGAAGAGUGCACAUGGGCAUUUGACUACACAUUAAAGGUGGCCUCUGUAUGAAGACAUGAUGAGGAGAAGCUGUCGGCGCAGACAUCCUCUCAGCUUGUUUCAGGUUUAAAUAUUAUGGUGAAUUGCGAGCUUUAAUAAUGUGCAUUAGCUGAGAUCAGCUGAGUUUGAUGUGUUACAGGUAACGUAUGUAUGUCUUUGAAUGUGAACAUGUUAAAACAAUGGCAAAAUAUUCUAAUCAAAUGAGAUAUUAAAAUAAAAUACUAUUCUACUCAUGAAAAAAGACAA